CAUGGUGGAUUGUUUUUGAGGGAAAUAGGGCCUUUUAUGUAAAAUAUUUUGGGCUCGUUUGCCAAUAAAGAACCGUUCUUUCUCUUAAAUUUGAUGUUGAGUCUAUUCAUAAGUUGUUAUUGCUUUGUUAGAACAUAUCUUUGAAGAAGUAUCAAAAGCAGCACUGCUUGAAAAUGGCGAGUGAAGCUGCCACUUCAACAGUCGUUCCGUUUCCUCGCGAGGAUCUUGGAGCAUUUGUGCCAGACAAGGUCAGGAAGGCUGACAAGAGGAUAGAAGAUCAUCCGUAUGAUACAGAGGCAUGGAGCGUGCUUAUCAGGGAUGCACAGAUGAAACAAGUUGCAGAUGCAAGAGCCGUCUACGAACGUCUGGUGAACCAGUUCCCCAACUGCGGAAAGUACUGGAAGAUUUACAUAGAACAAGAGAUGAAAUCACGAAAUUAUGAAAGAGUUGAGAAGCUUUUCCAGCGUUGUCUCAUGAAAGUUCUCAACAUAGACCUGUGGAAGACAUAUCUCAACUACAUCAGAGAAACAAAGGGCAAACUUCCAACAUUCAGAGAAAAGAUGGCACAGGCUUUUGACUUUGCUCUUGACAAAAUGGGAAUGGACAUCAUGUCAUACCAGAUCUGGUCGGAUUAUAUUGCGUUCUUAAAAUCUGUAGAAGCUGUAGGGUCAUAUGCUGAGAAUCAGCGAAUAACAGCAGUGAGAAAAGUCUACCAGAGAGGUAUAGUUAACCCCAUGAUGAAUCUGGAAACUCUAUGGAAGGAUUACUGCAACUACGAAAAUAGCAUCAAUCCAUUGAUAGCCAAAAAAUGGACGGAAGAUCGUUCACGCGACUACAUGAAUGCUAGAAGGGUGUCGAAAGAGUAUGAAAUCAUAAUCCGAGGGUUAAACCGGACGAUGCCGUCAGUACCGCCCCAGAAUAAUCCAGAAGAAGCCAAGCAGGUUGAUUUGUGGAAAAAGUACAUUUCAUGGGAGAAGUCGAAUCCACUCAGGACAGAGGAUCAUGCUACUAUCACAAAAAGAGUCAUGUUUGCGUAUGAGCAGUGUUUGUUGUGUCUCGGACAUCAUCCCGACAUUUGGUACGAAGCAGCUUCAUACCUCGAGCAGUCAAGUAAAUUACUCACAGAAAAGGGGGAUCAGAAUGCUGGUAAGCUUUUCGCAGAAGAAGCAUCGUCCAUGUAUGAGAGGGCCAUAACCACGUUACUCAAGGAGAACAUGUUGCUAUACUUUGCAUACGCUGACUUUGAAGAGAGUCGAAUGAAGUAUGAAAAAGUUCACAGUAUCUACAAAAAGCUGUUAGCCAUUGAAUUUGUGGAUCCAACACUGGUGUACGUUCAAUACAUGAAGUUUGCGAGACGAGCAGAGGGGAUCAAGUCGGCCAGAAUUGUGUUCAAGGUGGGCCGAGAGGAUCCCAGGUCGAAGUUCCAUGUUUAUGUGGCAGCAGCUCUCAUGGAAUAUUACUGUAGUAAAGAUAAAAAUGUAGCAUUUAAGAUCUUCGAGCUUGGUCUAAAGAAGUAUGGUCACAUUCCAGAAUAUAUAUUGGCAUAUAUAGAUUACAUGUCACAUUUAAACGAGGACAACAACACAAGGGUGUUGUUUGAGCGAGUUUUGUCAUCAGGUCAACUGGAACCAGAACACUCGAGGGAAAUCUGGAGUCAGUUCCUUGACUUUGAGUCCAACAUUGGCGAUCUGGCCAGUAUAUUAAAGGUGGAGAAGAGACGGGCACAAGUCAUUGAAAAGUUACAAGAAUUUGAAGGCAAAGAAACUGCGCUGCUGGUUGAUCGGUAUAGAUACCUGGACUUGUACCCCUGCUCAACGAGCGAGUUGAAGGCUCUUGGAUAUAGGGAGUCGUCAAAGCAGGCAGCCAUGCAGAUUAUGCUUCAUCCUGAGUUGGCAGGAGUCAAUGACAUUGAUGAAGUUGAAGCUAAGAAAAAUCGUCCGUAUUAUCCUAAACCGGAUACGUCCCAGAUGCUGCCAUUCAAACCAAAAGCCAUUGUCCCAACGGGUGCCCAUCCAGUUUCAGGCGGUGUAUUCCCACCCCCACCGGCUGCAUCAGAACUCAUGACCGUCUUACCACCACCAACAAGUUUUAGGGGUCCAUUUGUUCUCAUUGACAAGUUCAUCAAACACUUCCAAGAUCUUAAACUGCCCGAUGUUGUUCAUCCUGUCGAGAAUGGUGUGGAUCCUGGGAAAAUGGACGCCGGAACCCUGUAUUCAAUCGAAGCUUCGGUUUCAUCGCGAAAGCGUAAAACGACGACAAAUGCCGAUGCAGAGGACAGCGAAGAUGAAGAGGCUGUGGCACCACCUGUCAAUGACAUUUAUCGAGCUCGGCAGCAGAAACGUGUGAAGUAGACAGUUAUUGUUAAACUCUUCUCAUGGUAACCUAUAACAGCUUGUUGGAUGUUUCACGUCUUUUAUGACAUUAUAUCCUUUGUCACACUAUCAAAGGUCUGAUUAUUGAUUGGAUUUUAGAACUUACUUACAUUUGGGCUGGUUUGAUUGUGUUACCAAGGGACAUUUUAGUUGUGCUACUAUUUGGGCGAGGUUGGAAUGACUGAAGUGAAGUUCAUACUUUUUUUGGACAGAAGCGGAUUGGCUCAGAAACCUAAUCCGUUCACAUCUUGUGUACUUUUCUUCAGAAUAAUUUGUGUAUUUCAAACUGUUGUGAAUUUCUUUCCUGCGUCUGAAGUCUUGAACAUAACUUGAUAUGGUAGUGCCUACAGGGUUCAGAGAACUGUAUAACGUGGCUCUUUGAGGUGGGCUGCAAUUUUAAUUGAAAUGGUUGUAGGAGUGCUACAUAAAUCUUAAUCACCAAAUUGAACAUCAAAUGAAUUUUAAAAUGUUCACCUUGUCAAAUUGAAAUUUCAACUUACUUCAGUUUCGCCAAUCAAAGACCUGGUUAAUUAUUUACAACGAAAUCAAAGCAGAACCCAAGCUGGGAGGUCAUGACCAUGGGACAACUUGGUGUCACAAACCCAUUGUCUAUCAAACUGCAUGCACAUCAUUUGAACAUUCAGAACCAGUCUUAGAUUCGUGAAACUAGAGUGUAUAUGAAAUGUAUAUUUUGGCUUGAAACCGAAAGCAGAUUUUUGAAAAUCAUUAAAAUCCAUUCAGUCAUUUUGUCCGACAGUUCCUUUGCUGUCCAGUGGUAAUUUUUAUUAAAUAAAAGUGAAAUUAUUUUCUGGAGAAAAAGAAUUUGUCGUUUUCUCUUUUAAGAAAGUCUUCUUAUAUUUUCAACUGGUCCUUUAGGUAUUUGUGUUGUUUUCUUGGUUCUCUCUUAUGCUGAUAGUCUGAACAUAUGAAUCACAUGUUUAUAAUAUAUCAUAGUGGGUGUGGACGAUCCACCCAUCAUUAUAAUAAGUAGAUUAGGGUGCGUUCUGUUGACUCAUAACUGUGCCAACAUUAAUUUCCUAGUGUAUAAAUAGAUGGCAGUACUUGUCAUGCAUAAAUCAAUUCCAGACACCCAACCCAGACAAGAACGAAUUAAAAACAUGACUCAUGGUCACAAGGUCACAGAUGGUGUAUUAAUUCGUCACCAGAUGGCUGCACUGGUCUGCAGAGAAGACACUGGCUAAAUAGUUUAGCAAAGCAGAAAUUUGAGUGAAAAUUGGUUCUUGAUCAAAGACAUAAAAGUAGUGUAUUAUUAUGACGUUUUGGUAACCUCAAAAUAAUUCAGAAAAGCCCCAAAAUAUAUCUAAAAGGCUACAUGGGGUUACCAAGUCAUCAUUUUCAGUACCAUCAGUCAUCUUGCUUCUAUGUUUACGGCUGCACAAACAUUCUCUCAGAAGAAUAUUAUUUUCCCUAAUAUCUUCUAGGGUCACCUGUCUGCCAAGGGUUAACAAGUUUUGUUGUGCACCUUGACAACCAAGGAGUGGCCCAGAUAGUGCUGCCAUCUAGAGAAGUUUCAAUUCAAGAUGACUGGAAUUCCAAUGCAUUCUGAGCUCAACACUACAUCUUUCAGUUCUUAUCACUGUGUAUAAAUUCACCAAGCUAUGAGUCAACGACUUCUUGCAAGGACUUCUUGCUUAUUGUCUGUACUAAGCCCGAAGUAUUUUUCUGUUGGUUAUUUCCUUUAUUGUAAAGCAGGCCUACUUGUAAGGAUACUAUUACUACACAACAUAUUCACUAGCAAAAAUGACUCAUUUCCUCAAAAAAGUGAAGACUCAUUUAGCUUAUCUUACCCUGAUGGCAUCUCAGGCUUUCCCACCUAAUUACUAGUUGGUUAAGAGUACUUUCUCAGCUUCCUUGUCAACAUACAGAUAGACGCUUUAGUUGCUUGUAUUUUUGUCAGCCUUGGUUUCUGAUAGCCUUUUAUCUUUUUUGUUGACAAAUCCUGCGUAUUUUGCUAAGAACAAUGUGUGAUAAACACCAGCUUGGUUGAGUCAUGUUGACCACAGGGAUCAGGCCUAGGCUUGCACUAUCCACACUUAAUACUACAAACAGUGAAAGGUAUUAUAAACUGUUUAAUUAGUUUGUUGGCCACAGCAUUGGAGGAUUUACACGCUUAUACACCCAAUGACCACCAAGGAGUAAUUCUCUCCUAAGCCAUUUGACCUGCAGUGAUAUUUAUCCUCAAAAUAUGAACAAAAAAAGUUCAUAAAUAUAUGGUGCAUAUGCUCCCAUUCAAGGGUGACCUUUUUCAUAUAAAGUCUGCCUUUUGCUGUACUCUGCAUGUAACACAAGGAUGUCAUUUUGGCUCCAUAAGUCUUUACUAUUUACAUAUUCGUUAUUGUUUUGAGAGAUAAAAUCAAUCCGCACCUAUUUUCAAGGCCACUUGGCAGUCUUCAUUGGCUGUCUUCUUUUAGGGGGUUAAAUUAUUCUGUGAAAACGUGAUCCUGUCCUGUUCAGAUUUUGGCGGUAUUUUAUUUUAUCUGACCCAGAUUGUGGUUUGUGUUUGUCAAGUAAAUAGGAUCUCCUGACCCUCAUUUUGUCUGACUAUGUGUGAGUUUCAUUUCAAGUUUACCCAGCUCCUCUGUGCGUCGCAUAUGCUUAUACACACAUUAUUUGCACAGGAUAUUCUAUCAGCUUUUCAUGAAUCAAAUAUAAAAUGGUUGUCACACCAACCAGGCAUUCCAAGUACCAAGGCCAAAGAAAUUUGUCAUGUUUUUCAUGGUAAAAAUUUCUUAGGUAAAGUUGGCAUAGAAGUUCCCUUCCAUCUUGAAUUAGGGGAUCUUUGGUCUCAUCCCCUUCCUUAUAGUGAGAAUUGGAAUGGUGCAGCACACUCUGGAAUAAUCCUACUCUAGCUGGAAAAAAUGAAACAAACUUUUUAUUUGUGUUGUUAGGAACCUGUGUUGUAGACCAUUAUCAUGAUUACUAAUACAUGUAGUAGGAAAAUGUAUGAAGGCAUCUGAUGAAACAGGUUCACAUGCACAAUGAAUACAUCUACUGGUUGCCAACCGAGUCCAAAAGCAUAGGCAAUGUAACAUGAUGUAAGGAGUGUAUGUUUCCUAAAACAGACACACUUCAACUUAUUUGAGAUUCAGAAUGAUGUGUACCACUGAGUUGUUCGUUAUAUAAAAAGCAUCCGCCUUCAAAACUGAUUUCACUCUAGUUCUUAAAUUAUAUUCCUAGGUGAAUGAAUUACCUCGUAUGCUGUGUGUAGAAGUUGUCAAACUGUUUCAGGGUACCCUCCUGAGGUAAUGGCAGAACGGCAAUUUAAAUCUGUUGACCCAUUGUAAGAGCGGUACAUACCGGUAUUGAUGGCAUUUUAUUUGGACUACUUGGUGUACAUACAUGAUUAAUCAGUCAUUAAACUUUGUAAGUAUUUUAAAAUGGUGUCAAUUGCUUUAUU